CGUCGCGGAGACUGUGGGCCAGGGCAGCCGUGCUCACAACGGGGAUUCCCGGGUCGGGGUCUCCAGGUGUUUGCCAAGGCCUUGCUCCGGUGUGAUGCGGCUGGAGGGAGAGGCGAACCCCAGCCCUGAAGAGGCUUGGGCGCCGCUGCUCCUUGCAUGUCACCUCUGUGCCCACGUCCUCGUGUGCUGGCCUGGGACCAUCAAAAGUACAGAGCUAUUCUGAAGAAGGAGAAGAGGAAAAAAAAGCGACAGGCACUUGCCAAACUAAGGGACUCAGAAGCUGCAGAAAAAGAUGAAUCUGUGUCUGAGGAGGAAGAGGAGGAAGUGGAAGAUGAGGAGGAAGAAGAGGAAGAAAAAAAACUUGAGGCAGAAAGACAAAAACUACAUGAGCAGUGGUUGCUGAGAGAAGAAAAGGCCCAGGAAGAGUUCAAGCUAAAGAAAGAAAAAGAAGAGGCUGCAAGAAAGCGUCAAGAAGAAGAAGAGAGGAAGAUCAAAGAAGAAUGGGAAGAGCAGCAAAGAAAGGAGAGAGAAGUGGCACAGCAGAAGCAACAGGAGAAGAGAGAGAGAGAGGCAGCUGUGCAGAGGAUGCUGGAUCAAGCUGAAAGCCAGCUGGAGAAUGGUGUGAGUUGGCAUAACCCAGAGCCCCCAGAGAAUCUGGGAACAGAGAAGGACAGAGCGAAUUGCCCAUUUUAUAUUAAAACAGGUUCCUGCCGAUUUGGAGACAGGUGUUCUCGCAAGCAUAACUACCCCACGUCUAGCAAGACACUGCUCGUGCGAGGGAUGUUCAUCACCUUUGGCAUGGAGCAGUGCCGGAGAGAUGACUACGACACAGAUGCCAGCCUGGAGUACAGUGACGAGGAGACCUACCAGCAAUUCCUGGAGUUCUAUGAGGAUGUACUCCCCGAAUUUCAGAAUGUGGGGAAGGUGGUUCAAUUCAAGGUCAGUUGCAACUAUGAGCCUCACCUGCGGGGAAAUGUGUACGUCCAGUACCAGUCGGAGAAGGACUGUCAGGCAGCUCUGGCUCUGUUCAGUGGACGAUGGUAUGCAGGCAGACAGCUUCACUGUGAAUUCUGUCCUGUGACGAGGUGGAAAACUGCCAUAUGUGGCUUAUUUGAAAGGCAGAAGUGCCCAAGAGGGAAACACUGCAACUUUCUUCACGUAUUCAAAAAUCCAAACAACGAGUUUUGGGAGGCCAAUAGAGACAUACGUAUUUCUCCUGAACGGACUCAUCAGUUAUCUAAAAACUCUGAGAGGAGAAACAGAUCGAGCCAUCGUGACGACUAUUACAGCCGGUCCAGGAGAAGGGGCAGCCCGAGCCCAGACCAUUCCUACCGCAGAAAUGGAGAAUCUGAGAGGAAAAAGAAUCGCCGCAAAAGCAAGAGGCGGCGCCGCUCAGGGAGGUCGAGAAGUCGAGAGAGGAGGAGGUCUCACAGCAGGGGCAGGAAGAGGAGAGGCCGCAGUCGCAGCAGGAGUCACAGUCGGACACGCAGCAGGAGCAGAAGCAGGAGUUCCUCUCGAUCCAGGAGCAGGGGUAAAAAGAGAUCAAGCAGCAGAGGAAAAGAUAGUGAGACUCCCAAAACAAAGUGAGAAUUACUUUCAGAAAUCACUAAUUGAUAAAAAUAGAGCCGACUAAGAAAUCUUCCCAGUCUAGGGCACCAGACAUAUUUGAAUUUCAAAUAAAGUUUUCUUGCACAUUAAAAUGUUUCUUCCUAAUAAAGGAACGUAGUUUACUGUGUGCGAAGCUUGAGAAAAUUAAAAGUUUUAAGUCCUAUAGAAGGUGUGAAUGUCAAGUACUCUAGCUACUCUGUCCCUCUGAACUGCUGCAACACCUGGAUGCACACUGAGUAUAAAUAGAGAAGUGAAGUCUCUUUGGUAUAUGCUUAUUUCUGUUAUGUGUAUGUUAAGUGUUUACUGUUCCUGUAAGGAGUUAGUACAGAACAGCCAGUGUGCAGUAAAUUCACACCCCAGCACACUGCAGAUCCAGGUCUGUGUAGAUGACUGCCAUUUGUAUUUUCAUCUGUUUAUAGGAAAUUGCUUUCUAGACAAAAUAUCAUUGUUUUAUGAGUUGGAGAAAAGGGAUCUCAAAGGUAUCACUGUUUAAUUGUCCAAUACUUGCCCAGUAGGAGCUUUUUGGUCAUGAGUGUUGGAUUUUUCUCUGCCCUGACUGAGCUGCUGAGCUGAUUGCUUGUAGGAUUGCAGUAGACUAAAACCAAGUAGCAAGUACACAGAGGAACAAUCAGUUUAUUCAGUACCUAAAUCUCCAAGUAAGAGGGGAGACCAUGCAACUAUAAUCUUCGAGUAAGGUCAGAAAUACUUUGCAUACCUCUUGGCUGGCACACCAUUUGUAGGUGAAAACAACCUGCCUAAUGUGUGCUGGAGGGGUGGAAAGUGUCCAUCUGGGAACCAAAGAUGUGAUUGUGAAGGUUCAAUCAAGAUGGCUGCAGAGUGACUGAAGAAACAGAAGGGUUUAUAUGUGAAAGAAUACGUUACGGUUUUGGGAGAGGAUGACUUGACUUACAGCCUUUUAAGGUUUAUUUUACAAAUAGUUUAAGGCACCCUACUGCCUUGCUUUCCUACGUCCAAGGUGAAGAGUAGGGUACGUAAAAAUGAAAUUACUGGGACAAAACCUUGAAAUGACAGCUACAUUAGCGAAGUUCCUGCAGUUAGAUAAAUGCUUACCAGUAUUUUUUCACUUUUAUUUAAAAUAUUUGUGCUGUUAGAUGUACUGUAUUUCACAUGGCUUAUCUUCAGGUUUUAACUUAGGCACCUCAGUGUCCUGAGACACUUGGAGAGAGCUUGUGACACCGAAGGUGCAGGUGCCCUAACAGUUUGUAGAGAUACCUCCCUGUCUUUAGCCUCUCCAAAGAACUGGGCUCCUGCCUUUGGAGAACUUACCAGACUCCAUGAGUAAGAAGCCUAAAGUAGGCAUGAAGUGCUCCCAAAUAGGAAUUCAAUGUAAUAUAAACUCCCUUAGAAAAUCUGGGUAUCUGAACUUUACCAACAGCAUUCCUCACAGCAAGAAUGUUUUUCCCCAGGAUAGUUAAGAUUGCUUCUGGACAUGAUAUAUAUAUAUAUAUUUGCUUUUCUAAAUGCAUAGUGCACCUAGCAUGCUGAUUAUACAUUUUUUCCUUCUUUCUUCAUGUGUAACUUGUCCAAUAUGGAGUAAUACAACAAAAGUGAUGUUCAGUUCAAACCCAACUUUCACUAUAUUGUCAUAACUGUAGGCAGAGCUGUAGCUUCGUUAAUUUGAUUAAAUGUUUUAGUUAUUAACAGAUGUAGGAAUUGUAAUUAAUUAGCAUAACUGUUGAAAUAAUAACUUUUUUAAAAGGUUUAUUUCAAAGGAUAGACAGCACUAAGUUUUUAAUUCUACUGGAGAAAUUUGUUACUGCCAGUUUCUUACAAUGUAUCUUUUUCUCACAACACCUUGCAGACAAAUUUUCCUUGAGGUUUCUAUUUUUUUUCUAAUAGACGCUCAGUUGUCUCGCUGGGUCACUUGCACCACAAUGUGGCAAACUCUGGUUCAGUUUGCCACCAGCAGGCCAGUUACAUCCUCCAUUCCCUGGGCUGCCCUGCUUCCCAAAGCUCCCUGGCGGGAGAGCUCCUUGUGCCUGUGCAGAUGCUGUGCACUCCGCAUCACACGGCCAGAUGCCACAGAGCAUUACCCCAGCAAAAUCAGCUGUCCAGCUCAAGUAAAAUAGGAGUUGGGUGGUGGGAACCUGUGACCAGUCAGGUGAAAUAAGCAAACCAUGCCUCCAUGGGAUUAGAAACUAAGUGCCCACUAACAACCAUGUGAGAAUUCCAUGGGUAAUUAGGCUCCUUGUCCCCACAGUUUUGCAAUAGGAUUUGGGAAGCUGAGUGGCUGUAUUUUAAAAAAAACAAAAACCCAAAACCCACACAACAACAAAUCAAUGAACCAAACUUGCUCAGAAAUGCAUGUAAAAAUUUAAAUAUACUUUAUUUCUGCUACUACAAUGGCUGAAGCUUCAGCUAGCUUUUCUCAACAUCUGGACCUAAGCGUGCUGUCUGUACCUGCGCAGUGUAGGACUGGUAGCUGUGAUAGCCCUUCACUUUCACAUGCCGUCACACAGAAUUUGAGUGCUGUAGGUCGGACAUUUAGCUUGCGUUUGUUAGCAUGAAACCUGGGAUUCCACCAGUUUUCUAACUUCAGAGUUUGUAUUUUUCAGUAUUUGUUUCUCUGCUUCAUAACCUUAAGUAGUGUUAUAUGCAUGGUUUUGUGUUUCCUUAUUAUUAUCUGAGUGCGCUACUUUAUUCUGGAGAGACAGACUAAAAGUUUUUUAAUGUUAAGCUUAAUUAUUUUCUUUCCCAAAGGGAAAAAGUCCCAGAACACAGAAAGGUUUUAAAUUUGUAAGGAACAUCCUAUUCCCAUUGCGUGUUAUUCUGCGUAUUCCACAGAAAAGGACCUUAUAAAGUGAAUUAAUAUGGGCCAAGUUUUGCUUUGUCUUUAUCAACUACUUAAAAGCAGCAGCUUUCUAAAUACUUUUUUUUUCAGUUUUGAAUUCUGCAGGGAUCACGGAGGUGCUUUGGAAUAAUUCUGGCAUUUACACCGAGGUUCAGGGUGGCAGUGCCAGGGCCUGCCAGACACCCUGCUUCAGUCAGGAUGGGGAGCAGGUGCUGCUCCUGCCCUGCUGUUCAGUGAGGAGGAACAGCCCAGCCAGGCAGCAGCGCUGCCUUGGUCAGCAGCACAAGGGGGACAGGUUCCCAUGGGAACCCCUGUAGGCAUGGGCACUGUGGCUGCCCAGCAGAACUAAGGCAUCAGGGAACUGGGCUUAACCCUCGCAGCAGAGUGCCUUCCCUCCAACUGAGGCUGGUGGCCACUUCUGUGGGAUUUCGUUCCCUAUCUGCCUGUCCAGAGUAGCAAACCCCCAUCAGGGGUUGAGGAGAGCUGGUACGUGUCUGUGUGUUGAAUGCAAGGCAUUUCUAAUGGACAGCCCUUCCCUCUCUGGCCCUGGCCCUUGUGUAUAGGGCACAUUGUCCAAAAUGCAUCCCAAUUACCCCUUUCCCACUUUUAUGCCCUGUGAUGGCAGCAUGGCCGUUUUUGCAUCCAGUCUGGCAUUAGUACCUUCAGUGUAUCGGAAACUGCCCUCUGGUUUACCAGUGACAUUUGUGUGUGCUAAAUAACUUUUUUUUUUCCUAAAGACGUGCAAGAGCCUGCCAGAGGAUGCUAUUGCUUCCUGUCUGAAUCGGCACUUCUUAUAAAACACGAAAGAUGGAAGUUUAUGAUAGUUAAUAACCUAAAAGCUUGAUUUUCUUACAUCAUGCAAAGAGUGCAGCUCAUUGUGUUUUCACUGUAAGCUUGUAAUUAAAAUAAACCCCAAUUAUUCCACAUAUACUCAUGCUCAGCACUGAUCUAUCAGGUGAAUUUAGCGUCCAUGGCUGAAAAACAAAACUGAUGUGACAUGGACAGGCAACACUGUCAAGCCAUGGGACACUGCAAAGCAAGCUGGACAAGCGUAACCUGUGGUACGUGGGAACUUGGCAGAAGCAGCCACAGGCUGACAAUCAUUGUGGCCUUACCUCAAAAGGAACAGCAGAUGCUUAGGAAGGCCUCUUCAAGUUAAAGACUUAAGUCAGUGGAGUUGAAGACACUCAAGACAACAAUCAAGCUUCCUGAAAUUCCUACUUAUUUAUUCUUUAGCUCCCCCCAACCCUUCCCCCACAAGACAGGAAAAUCAAAAACGCAAAUUUCAUUUCAAAUUAAUUUCAGGAAUGCCCAAAGAUGUUAAUUUCCACCCAUGCUUUUGCUGAUAACAUCAAGCAGUUCAGGUCUUUUAGAAAGGUGGAGAACGGAUUCAUCUGACAUGUUCUUGGCUGAGACCAGAAUUGUAAACAUUGCAUUGACUUGCUCAGAAUUCUAUGAAAAGAACUGAAUCCAGAAGUCUCUCUUUAACAUGUGGUUUAAUUUUCAAAUGAAGUGGUACUACCCCAUCAUUUUAACAUCCACUUAAAUAAAUUUCAUGUUUAAUGUGGCAAGCUUUCCAAAAACUUGCUAAUUUAUUGCUUUCUCUACAAUUUAAAUGGAUGUAAAUAACUAAACUUGGACACAGUAUCCUCAGCAUUUUUUUAAUGAAGUGCUCAAGAACAGGUUAAGCACUGUAAUAAAAUUUCCCUUUUUUUUAAGCCA